AAAGGGUAUUAUCAUUUAUCAAAGCCAUAUAUAAUGUGUUGUUGUUGCUCUGAUGAGGACCGAAAAUGCAGGCCUAUUGGGUUUCUGUUAGGCCUACCUUUUGCUUUCGUUUCUCUCCUAAUCUCCCUUGUGGGUGUCAUUGUUUGGAUCGUUGGGUUGAUUUUGACAUGCAUAUGCCCAUGUUGCCUUUGUGUGACCCUCAUAGUUGAGUUUGCUCUGGCUUUGAUCAAGGCUCCAUUUUCAGUCAUGGAGUGGUUCACCUCUAAGAUUCCAUGUUAGAGAUAUUUGUAUCAUAUGAAGUCUUUGAAGUAGUGGUGAAUAUGAUAGCAAUCCACCGUAUAUUCUUUUGUUAAUUCGUGUAUUCAAUUUCUUUGAUUAUGGUUUGAUAAAUAUAUAGUGCUCAUCAUGAAACAACUCUUGGUUGUAAAAUCCUGUAUGCCAAAAUCUGAAUUUGAAAGUAGGGUUCUUGUUUUUUGUUGCCUUUUUUUGGCAAGAACUAAAGAAAAUUAUUUGUAUUUAAAGAUUACAAUAUUGUGU